AUGCAGGUUGGCGACUUUAUUCUUUUGAAGGAUAUCAUCUGCACACCUUUGGAAGCUAUUGUGGAUAAUGAAGUUGUAUGUUUUUAUGAACUGAGCAUAAAAAAUGAAGAUUCCAUAAUCAGAAGGCUACAGAAAAAUGACCAGGCUGUCAAGGACAUUAAAAGAGCUCUUGAGAAAAGGACAGAUGAAAGAGAACUUGAUAGCAGUGAAGAUUCUCUGUUAAAUAUGUUUGAAAGAGCUUAUGAGAAAUCUGCAAAUCACAGGACAGUAGGCACCGCUGUCAAGAAAAGUCCAAAUCGUAUACACUGUCAACCACUCAGUCCUCCUAGAUCAAGAAGAAAGAGUACUCCAGGUAGCCCUAGGAUAACUCCAAGCUCACCAAGGAUACUCCCGAGAGAGGAAAAGUCUCCUGAAUCGUUAAGGGAGGUGGCUGAAUUUUCUUCACCAAAGUUGCCCUCUGUGACUGACUCAUUGGACAAUGUUAUGAAAAACAUUAACUACAUUUUUGAUAGUGAGAAGUCUGGAUUGUCUCCUCCACAUGCAGAAGCUAUGCCAGUAACUUCAACACAAGUGUGCAGUCCAGCGACGGGGCAGCUCAAUUCGCCAAGAGCAGAUGUUACUGUAAAACCAAGCUUAAAGGGUAAUAUAUCUCCUAUUGUAGCACCAACUUCAGGCUCAAAUGUCAUUGUCCAGCUAGACAAUGACAUAAAUCCACAGCCAGGAUGCAGUAAACUGGUUUUUCUGCGUCAAUGGUAA